UCACCUUUACCGUACUGCAGGCUGUUGCGCAACUGAAUUUGAACCGUAGAAGACAGGAUUAGAAAAUGGCAAAUCAAAUGUUACGAUGAACUUUCUUUUCUUUUUUUCUUGAAGAAGUUGGAUGUACUCCGGAUAAAGGGUUUCAAUCCUAUGAGGCUCCGCCCCAUCAGGAAGUACGACUGUAAUCUCUACAGUUCUUUCACUUUUAGCUUGUUAGUCUACCUACGGAAGAAGAAAAAAUUACUACGCAGGCUUUUGGUUCAAGGCUUUGAUGAUCAAGAGUUGAAUAUGGACGACUCCGAUCAUACCCGUCUUGAGGAAUUGCUAACUUGCCCAGUGUGCCAGGACAUUUUUAAGGAUCCUUUACAGCUGCCCUGUGGACACAGCAUGUGUACACGCUGUCUAGAAAACCUGGUGGAUCACUUGUUGGCAGACACAUCUUUCCGUUGCCCAGACUGCAGGGCAACUUUUGGAGAAACUGUUAGGGUACAGAAGAGCUAUGCGUUGGCCAACAUUGCAGAGGAGUUCAAGUUGAACAAGACUAGGAGGGAAACCGAGACAAAAUGUGUGUAUUGCGACUGCUGCCCAGAGAAGAACAUUCUGGCUAUUAAAACAUGUCUGAAGUGUGAGGUGUCAAUGUGCAAACAGCACGUGAAGGACCACCUUGAACUGCUGGUCUUCACGGGACACCCCCUGGUGGAACCUCUGAGUGAUCUCCAGGAGAGGAAAUGCCCAGAGCACAACGAUGAAGUACUGAGAUACUACUGCAGAUCAUCCAGGCGCUACAUCUGCAACAUCUGCGCCCUGGAAAGCAAGCAACUCAGCAGAGCCACAGAUCUUUCCAGUGUCCUGUGGAGACAACUGACUGACAACAUGGACCAGCACUUCAAAAUGCUCAAGGAGCAAAUUACAGAAUCCUUCAGUACUGUAAUGAAACCGCAAAGAGGCACCCAACGUGAUAAUCCUGCUGACUCGCACAUCAAUGGUGUCACGGUGGUCCUACUCCUUCUUUGGUUCAUUGUUCUGUAUUAUGCUUAUAACUACUCUGUGGAAAAUCAGACACUAAGAGAGUCGCUGGAGAAACAACAGACUCACGAUCAUCGCAUUUAUUCCACUAUCAUGGAACUAUUGGUCGAUCAUCCACUGAAGAGCCGCAAACCUCCAGAAGCCGAAGAUGGUGGUACAGAAGGGAGAGGAGACAAGCAAAGGACGCAUCAGAGUGAUAACCUACAGACACUCUGAACAUCUGUGGUGUAGUGGCCACAGACUCAAAUAAGUAUCUUGGUUUGGAGGUCAGAAGAUCGGCUAUUUAUUUACCUCAUAUUGUGAUCUUAAGAGGCACUUGAUUGUUUCUGUUGAUGCAGGCUUUAUGUCAACUCCAGACAAUUUAUGCUUCAUGAGAUGGAAGAUUUGGGACUUCCAUCUUACCAUCAGCAGCCGAAUAUAAGGGCAACAAUAAAUAUUUUCAUUUUGGUUU